GAACUUAUUCAAACAGAAACACUUUCACAAUUUGGUGUUGUAUUUAUUGUAUUCAUGUUGGGAUUAGAAUUUUCAUUCGAAAAGCUAAGAUCUAUUUGGAGAUUUGCCCUCGGAAGUGCUUCAUUGAUAUUCACAGCAACCCUUAGUUUUUUUAUCUUGGCAGGAUUCAUUGUUGGUGCGAGUGUUAAUGAAUCGAUUUUCAUAGGGGCAUGCGUAUCUCUUUCGAGCACAGCCGUUGUUGAACGGUUACAAUGUUCAGAGUUAAAACCACUUUACGGCUUGCUUGUCAUGCAAGAUGUGUUAUUUGCAUUGCCAGCACUUUCAAAAUCAGGAAUUGAUGUUGUUUUGGCCAUAGGACGCUUAAUUUUAUCGUUAAUCGUUUUCACAACUUUUAGUCUCGCUAUUGCAAAUAUACCAAUUGGAUGGCUUCUAAAAGUUGUGAAAGGUUCCGAGAAUCAUGAACUUUUUCUCUUGGGAUCAAUUUCAAUGUGUCUAUUAAUGUCACAAGUAUCACUAAUGUUGGGACUUGGAGUGGAAAUUGGAUGUUUUGUAGCAGGAGUUCUUAUUCAUAAUCGAUUACAUGUAUAUCCGAGCUUUUUGAUAAACGAAGGACCGUUGCUCUUUACAUUAACAGCAGGGGCGGUAGGAUUUAAAUUCAUAACAAGUACAAUAUCAUUAACACUUCUUGGACAUAGUUUGCAAAAAGCAAGCACGAUGGCAAUUGGAUUAUCACAAAUUAGUGAAUUUGCUUUUGUCUUAGGGAGUAAAGCAAAAGGGUUUGGUAUUAUAUCAAGAGAAGUUUAUUAUUUAUUAUUAACAACUACUUCUUUAACAUUGAUGGUUACUCCUAUUUUAUGGAAUCUCUUAUUUAGAAAUAGAAAGGUGGUUUCUAGCGUCGAGGGUGGAUUAAAUGUUAGAAAUACUUCUUAA